AUGCCCCAAACCGGCAAAAAAGCGAACCUCGCCCUCGUAAUAUCGCGCUUCCUCCCUCGCAGCGACCACCGCCGCGCCAUUUCUCUCACGCCGUCUUCGCUCCCUCCUGCUGCCAAGCGUAUUCUCCGUUCAUGUGCCUCGCUGCCGGAUCGGCGACAUGCCCGAAGUCCGAUGCCCCGGACGAUACACCUCGUUCACUAUUCGAAAAUCUCUGACCACCAUCAGAGAACCAUCCAGCCACAUAUUCCAAUAGCCAUCCCGGACGCUCCCGGUUUCUUCCUGCCUCGCCAACCCGCCAGCAUCCCGGUUACUCUUGGUCCCUUGGUCCCUUGGUCCCUCAACAUGGUAGCCUCUGCCGCUAGGGCGCGGGCCCGUGACUUGGUAUCGUGGUUUGAGAGCAACGGAGGCCAGAAGAGCCCAGCUGUAGAGCUCGCCGAGGAUGAGCAGCAUGCUUUUCGCUUUCGAGCACUGUCCGACGUCGACGGCAACGAGUCUCCAUCAAAGUUCAACAUUUGCUCGUGUCCAACAACACUGUCACUUUCCUAUCUCAACAUCAUACCCAUCGAAGAGAAAGUCCUCGAUGGCGUAUCUGUUCGUUUCUGUGGUAGCACCCUGACGUCGCUAUGGGAUGUUGUCCCAUCUCAUAUUCUUUCUCGUUUCGUACUCCUUGAACAGGCCUCGCUCAAGGACCGCUCCUUCUGGGCCCCUUACAUCAAUGCUCUGCCUACGACCUUUGAUACGAUCAUAUACUUCACUACCGAGGACCGCAAGUGGUUAGGCGCAACUAAUCUAGACACCUUUCGCGAUAUUCGCCAUGGUCUAUGGAAGAGCGAAUGGGAGCUUGUCAUGGACGCUCUCAAAGAGCGUGGAAUAGAUUGUAGCCAAUUCUCCUGGGAUUCUUAUGUUUGGGCUGCUUCCAUCUUUACCUCGCGAGGUUUCGACUCAACACUUGUGUUCCCUAAUCUUGAACUAGAGCGGUUCUCCGUUCUCUACCCCUUCUUAGACUCCCUCAACCAUGAUAGUAAUGCAAGAGUGGAUUGGGAUAUGAGAUUUGACGCCUUCGCAUUGAGCACAUAUGAACCCUUGAAGAAAGGCGACGAGAUAUUCAACAACUAUGGAUCCAAGGGCAAUGAAGAAUUGCUCGCCGGAUACGGCUUUUGCAUCCCUAACAACCCUUUCGAACAAGUAGCGGUCAAACUCGGCGGUCUGAUCCCACCUAUCAAACAGAUCAUCCUCGAGAACCACCUCCUGGAACCGAAAGACAUGAGUGAAGAAGAUUUCGGCCGAGACCUUUACCUCCGAUCCUCCGACUGCAAACUCGGCCGAUACGACAACAAGCACUCCUGGCUCGGCGGAAUUCCACCACUUCUCUUUAAGGUCGCCCUCGGCAUAUACCUGUAUACGACAAGUAGGCCGCAAAGCCUCCACUACGAUCUCCCAGACUGGAAACCCGGUCGCCACAUCAUCGGUGCCGUGAGACAGCUCCUCCAAGUUCUGCAAGUGCGGCACCAGAAGAUAGCCGGAGGUGCGCCCAAUGGCGAGCCGACAAACACGAGACAGCACUAUGCAAGCGUUUAUCGCAAGGGGCAGCUAAAUGUCGUGGAUAGCAAUAUCGCUGAGCUUCGCAAAGUGCUCCCGGAGUUCGUGGACGAGCGCUCAAGUAUCCUAUCUCCGAGCUCUAUCUUGACUACGCGCGAGGCCAUUGCGCAGCUGGAGACAGAGAACCCAGCCGCUGCACGCGCCUUUGUGGAAGGCGUAGGUAACGUGCUCGUAGAUCCUAUGGACGCAGCUGAGAUGCAAGCUGCAGAUUGUGAGGACGUAGUGUGGGUGCUUUGGCUGGCGUAUGCGUAUGUCUUGACUGAAAACACCCCAUCCUCAAAAAUUUACGCCUGGCUCCACAACCUCCGCGCCUUCUACAAGUCUAAGCUGCGGGAUUUCGCUGCAGGCGCCGACCAGGCCUACGUACCCCCAGCAUACGAGUUCGUGGCGGAGAAGAUCGCUGAAGUGGCUCGCGAUGUGAGUGGUGUGUGGACGGCUUGCAGCGAGCGCAGAGACGUCAUAUUCUGGGCAGCGGAGGUCGUGCAGUUUGAGGCGUGGGAGGUGUUCGUCCGUGAAGACGAUAAAUAUGGGGGAGCAGAGGGGGGGAGAGAGAGUAGAUGGGUCCUAUUGAUGGAUGAUGAGGCGUAGGAUAUGAUUCAAGCUCGAUGUUGGCUGAUGGCCUUUUCUCAACGAUUGUUGCAAGGCAAAAGACCCGGUCUAGAAUGUGCGAAGCACGCAGUUGGAGUGGUCAGACUUUGCCUCGCCGUUGCUUUGCUUCGAGGCUGGUGCUGCGUGCGUUUCGAACUAGAGCAUCCUGUGCCGCAGCCAAGAAGUCAUGGAUGUUGGUGCACAGCAAUUGCGCAUAUCAGGCGAGGUGUUGUGGAUACAUGCAGAGGAAAUGUGAUGCGACGGAGUUUUGUGUGCAAGGCUGAGUUUGAGAGUCUGGCUGUGUACAACGUAGAUCAAUGAAGGUGACAUGGAAAUGUGAAUGAUUAGCAGGAUGAGCAUAUUACAUAUUACUAUAAUAAGCGGAGUUAGGGCUAUAGGGCGAGGGAG